GUUGAAAAUGCAAAGUGAAGUUCUGAAAAGCUCGAAGUGCUCGCCCACCAGGCUUCACCGGUGCGCUUCUCCAUCCUCUGCUCCGUUGUCCCCCCUCCUUCUCCAGCACAGAAACGUCGGGAAAGAGAAACGGCGCAGCGCAGCGGAAGGCGAACAGGGGCAGGAGGAGACGAUGCAGUGGUACUUCGUGGCGGCGCUCCUCACCGUCCUCACCAGCUCGCAGGGUAUAUGGACCACGCUCUCUCAGAGCAAUGGCAAGUAUAAGUAUGACUAUGCGACCAUUCCAUUUCUCGCAGAAUUCUUCAAGUUGUCAGUCUCGAGCUUCUUUCUUUGGAAAGAAUGCCAGUCUUCAUCACCACCAAGGAUGACAAAGGAGUGGAAAAGUGUGCGACUAUAUCUUGUUCCUUCAGUCAUAUACCUCAUCCACAACAAUGUGCAGUUUGCGACCUUGACUUAUGUUGAUCCAUCGACCUAUCAGAUAUUGGGGAACCUGAAAAUUGUUACAACUGGAAUUUUGUUCAGGCUUGUCUUAAAGAGGAAAUUAUCAAAUCUACAAUGGAUGGCAAUUAUUUUACUUGCUGUGGGCACUACUACAAGCCAGGUCAAGGGAUGUGGAGAUGCACCAUGUGAUUCGGUUUUCUCAGCACCAUUCCAGGGUUACAUGCUUGGGAUACUUUCUGCUUGUCUUUCUGCACUAGCUGGAGUCUACACUGAGUACUUGAUGAAGAAGAAUAGUGAUAGUCUGUACUGGCAAAAUGUACAAUUAUAUACGUUUGGAGUUAUCUUCAACAUGGGUUGGCUUGUCUAUGGUGACUUCAAGGCUGGGUUUGAGAUGGGUCCAUGGUGGCAGCGUCUUUUUAAUGGCUAUUCCAUCACAACAUGGAUAGUUGUGUUCAACUUAGGGUCUACCGGUCUGCUAGUGUCAUGGCUGAUGAAGUAUUCUGACAACAUAGUAAAGGUGUACUCAACUUCAAUGGCCAUGCUUUUAACAAUGGUUUUGUCUGUAUAUCUUUUCAACGUGAGAGCUACAGUUCAGCUUUUCUUGGGCAUUGUCAUCUGCAUAAUUUCCCUCCAGAUGUAUUUUAUGCCUGUACACACGCUAGUUGAAUUGCCACAAACAUUGCCAGCUACAGCGAAGUAGGUACAGUCUACUGUUAUCUGACAUGUUGAUCAGAGUGAUGGUGUACUGUUGAUCGAGGGAGCAGCGUUAGUUGAGUAUCUUGGGCUCAGCUUAAAUUGAGUCAUCCUUUGAGGCUAGUAGGCUACAAUGUUCAAAAGAUUCUUCGGUUAGCAUCACGUUGCAGGGAAGGUAAAUAAUCAUUGAAGUGAACACAUGAUAUUAGUGGACAAAAGGCUAACUGCUGGUGGCUUUGCUAAUUUGUAUUCAGGUAGACGAUGAAGGCUGAUUGCUAUGUUCUUUUGAAUUUAGAAAUGGAAAUAUGUACACAUAUUCUCCAGUUAGUUUGAAAUGGUUUACUAACCAUGCUCUAAAA